ACAUAUCUCGUCAUGAAGACUCUUGGUAUAUUGGGGCAAUUGUACUAGGAUUUUUAGUUAUGAGCCGUACGCUUUAAUUAAGAUGUUUUUAUUUUAAAUGCAUCUUUUGAAUUAUUUUAAUUGUGAUACUUUUACACAAAAUCCUAAGACAUUCAAGAUGACAACCCACGCCAUGAAAAAUGUUGAAAAGGCAUUCACAAGCCACGGGAAAUCCCUCGAUGAAAACGGCAACGAAAUUAAAUCGCCAGAAAAAAAGAAUGUUGAUAGAGGUUUCGAAAAAGCAGGGUCACCGGAUUCCGCAAAAGAAAGUGGCCAUGAGGGGGUGGUGCAUCCAGGAAGGCCACAACAGGAGGAGAGAUUUGGGGAUCAGUACAGGAAGCCCAGUUUGGUAGGGAGCUUAUUUUACUCCAAUUUCUCCAAAGUCGAUCAUGGCCCACAAAAACAUCAUGAGAAGAAGAGAUGAAUUUCGGGAAUUGGGCAGAGAGUAUUUACAAGAUCAUGUCAUCAAAUUUGGG